AUGGCUGCUGUCGAAACUUGUUUGAUGGUUUCCUGGCAGGAGCGUCUGAAUAUCCAGAUCGUGUCAGCCCAGAGCCGCACUGGCCUUCUCACAGCCCAGGAGGCCCAGCAUGUCCAGCAGCUGCAUGAGGAGAACCGGCAGUUCCUGCGCAUCCCACGGAGACCAGAUUGGGAUAGGACAACCAGUGCAGAGGACUUGAAGCAAGCUGAGAGGGAGAGCUUUCUUGAAUGGAGGCGACAGCUUGCCCAUCUUGAAGAAGAAAAAAAGUUAAUUCUAACCCCAUUUGAACGAAACUUGGAAUUUUGGCGUCAGCUUUGGAGAGUCAUUGAAAGGAGUGAUAUUGUAGUCCAGAUAGUAGAUGCUAGAAACCCCCUUCUGUUCAGAUGCCAAGAUCUGGAAAGUUAUGUUAAGGAAGUCAGCAAUGACAAGGAGAACAUGAUCCUGAUAAACAAAGCAGAUUUGCUGAGUGAGGAACAGCGGGCUGCUUGGGCACAGUUCUUUGAGAAAGAAGGUGUUAAGGUGGUGUUCUGGUCAGCUCUGGCAGAGUGCACACGGCUAUCCAGAGAACCAAAGGAGCUAGACACUGAAGAUGGAGCAGAGGAUCUGAGUCAUUCUGAGGAUGAAAGCUCUGGUCAAGCAGAAGAUGACACAGCACAAGAUAGCGCAGAAAGCACAUCCACAGGCAGUGCUUUGCAAACUGUAAACCAAGUUCUAGUUAGUGAUGAUGACAGCAAUGAUGAAUAUGAAGACUGUGAAGAUGAUGAAGAGGAGGCCUGGCAAACCUGUUCUGAAGAUGAAGGUGGGGACAAAGUAAAUGCUACUGCCCCAGAGAGGAUGGAAAGCAGGACUGAUGGUACGGCAGUGCAGCAUGUGGUGCAGGAGCAGAACAGGAACAUCAGGAACUUCAGCCACCUGGUACAGAGAAAUGAGCUGCUGGACAUAUUCAAAACCAUGCACAAAGGACCAAGGGUGAAGGAUGGGGAAGUAAAUGUUGGGCUGGUGGGUUACCCUAAUGUUGGCAAAAGUUCAACCAUCAACACCAUCCUUGGAAAUAAGAAGGUGUCAGUGUCUGCUACACCAGGCCGUACAAAGCACUUUCAGACCCUGUAUGUGGAACCUGGCCUGUGCCUCUGUGAUUGCCCUGGUCUGGUGAUGCCAUCUUUCAUCUCUACCAAGGCAGAAAUGAUUUGUUCUGGAAUUCUGCCUAUAGACCAGAUGAGGGACCAUGUCCCACCCAUUUCUCUAGUUUGCCAGCAUAUCCCACGAAACAUUUUGGAAGCAACCUACGGAAUAAAUAUCAUAAGGCCAAGGGAAGAUGAGGAUCCAGAUCGAAAGCCAACAGCUGAAGAGCUGCUAACAGCAUACGGAUAUAUGAGGGGCUUUAUGACAGCUCAUGGACAGCCAGACCAGCCAAGAUCAGCUCGAUAUGUGUUAAAAGACUAUGUCAGUGGCAAGCUGUUAUAUUGCCAUCCGCCUCCUGGCAUUGACCCAAAUGACUUUCAGCACCAGCAUCAAAGAUGCCCAGAGAGCAGAACCGUGCAGGCCAGUGGACAGGUGAAGCUUGAGAAGAAUACCAAAGCAAAACAAAUUGAAAAUGUGGUGGACAAAACAUUUUUCCACCAGGAGAACGUUCGUGCCCUGAUGAAAGGGGUCCGGGCUGCAAUGGGAUACCGGCCUGGCAGCGGGCUUGUACCUGUGACUACACCCAAUCCUGGGAAUGUGGUAGGAAAGCCUUGGAAAAAACACGGAAACAGGAACAAGAAGGAGAAAAUUCGCAGGAUCACUAAGCACCUGGAGGCUUAGCUCUGGCACUGGUAUCUGGCAUUUCCAGGGCAGGGAAUGCACUGUCCUGCAGACCUGAACUGAGGGGGGGGCGGGGAAGGAUAAGUGGGCAUCACUAGCUCACGUGGGAGCUCCGUGCUAUGGAUUGGCCUGCGCAGGGGAGAAGAGGGGGCUCUGA